CGCACCGGAAGCGGCGGGGGGCGAAUCCUGCGGCGCCGCGGCGGCCGGCCGGUGGUUCUCCCGCGGCGGGCGCGGUGAGCGGGGCCAUGUGGAGCGGCCGCGGCUCGCUCACGGGGCUGGCGGUGGGCGUGUUCGUGGUGUACGUGGCGCACACCUGCUGGGUGAUGUACGGCAUCGUCUACACGCGCCCGUGCGCCCCUCCCGGACACUGCGUGCUGCCCUACUUGGCGCGGCGGCCGAAGCUGCAGCUGAGCGUCUACACCACCACGCGCUCCAGCCUGGGCGCCGAGCACGGCGUGGACCUGGUCCUGAACGUGGCCGACUUCGACGUGGAGGCCAAGUUUGAGAGGACGGUGAACGUGUCGGUGCCCAAGAAGACCCGCGACAACGGGACGCUGUUCGCCUACGUGUUCCUGCACCACGCGGGGCUGCCGCCGUGGCACGACGCCAAGCAGGUGCACCUGGUCAGCCCGCUCACCACCUACAUGGUGCCCAGGCCCGAGGAGGUCAGCCUGCUGGCGGGGGACGGCACUGCGCAGCAGGUGGAGGCGGAGAGGCCGCCCAGCGCCCUGGACGAGCCGGUCUCCCACUGGAGGUCAAGGCUGACCCUCAACGUGAUGGUGGACGAUUUCGUGUUUGACGGCUCCUCCCUGCCUGCCGAUGUGCACCGCUACAUGAAGAUGGUCCAGCUGGGCGAGACCGUACACUACCUGCCCAUCCUGUUCAUCGACCAGCUCAGCAGCCGCGUGAGGGACCUCAUGGUCAUCAACCGCUCGAGCACGGAGCUGCCGCUCACGGUGUCCUACGACAAGAUCUCGCUGGGGCGGCUGCGUUUCUGGAUCCACAUGCAGGACGCCGUCUACGCCUUACAGCAGUUCGGCUUCUCGGAGAAGGACGCGGACGAGGUCAAGGGCAUCUUUGUGGACACCAACCUGUACUUCCUGGCGCUCACCUUCCUGGUGGCCGCCUUCCACCUGCUCUUCGACUUCCUGGCCUUCAAGAACGACAUCAGCUUCUGGAAGAAGAAGAAGAGCAUGAUGGGCAUGUCCACCCGGGCAGUGCUUUGGCGCUGCUUCAGCACGGUGGUUGUCUUCCUGUUCCUGCUGGACGAGCAGACGAGCCUGCUGGUGCUGCUGCCCGCGGGCGUGGGCGCCGCCAUCGAGCUGUGGAAGGUGAAGAAGGCCUUGAAGGUGAGCGUGGCCUGGAGCGGCCUGAAGCCCCGUGUCCAGUUCGGCGCGUCCAGCGAGUCUGAGAGGACGACGGAGGAGUACGACACCCAGGCCAUGCGCUACCUGUCCUGCCUGCUGUACCCCCUGUGCGUGGGGGGCGCCGUGUACUCUCUGCUCAACGUCAAGUACAAGAGCUGGUACUCCUGGCUCAUCAACUGCUUCGUUAACGGGGUCUACGCCUUCGGCUUCCUCUUCAUGCUGCCCCAGCUCUUCGUCAACUACAAGAUGAAGUCUGUGGCCCAUCUGCCCUGGAAAGCCUUCACCUACAAGGCCUUCAACACCUUCAUCGACGACGUGUUUGCCUUCAUCAUCACCAUGCCCACUUCCCACCGUCUGGCCUGCUUCCGAGACGACGUGGUGUUUUUGGUCUACCUCUACCAGCGCUGGCUGUACCCGGUGGACAGGAGCCGAGUGAACGAGUUUGGAGAGUCGUAUGAAGAUGCCACGCCCGCCCCGCGGAAGGCGCACGCAGACUGAGCCUGGGCGAGCCGGCCAGUGUUUCUGGACUUGGGGGCACUUCCUGUGCCAAACUGGGCCCCUGGAACGUGUGGACACGUGUGCCUGGGAGGCCGCCCCUGCCCCGGGUCUGCAAAUGGUGGGGGCGCCCCAGCCCCUGGGCAGCCCACUCACUCUCUGUUGAGGUCAGACCCGUUGUAUGGACCGGUUGUAUGGACCCGUUGUAUUUCAAAUACACUCCUGGCUGUGACCUCUGA